AUGGCAAAGGCCGCCUCCAGUCCCUUGCUGAUAUGCGGAGACUUCAAUGCGCCGCACACGCAAUGGGGAUAUGGAGCCGACUCGCCGAAAGGGAAGAGGCUAGCCGGACUGAUGGACGAGCUCGGCCUGACUGUACUCAACGAACCGGCUUCGCACACCAGGAUCGGACAGGGAGUGUGCCGCGACACAUCCCCCGACCUCUCCGUCUGGUCAGGCGCGGGCGUGGUCACUUGGUCGAACUCCUUCGAGGGCCUGGGGAGUGACCACAGGAUCCUGUGCGUGACCGUGGGAGAGGAUGAAAACGAGGAGGGCGUCUGCCGAAAGAUUCUCAGGCACCUGCUCGACCCGGCAAGCACCAGAACGGCGACCCGUACAGAGAUGGCCAAGCUGCGACACAAGUACAAGGACGACCCAGAGGCCUUCGUGGAAGAGAUCGUGCAGACGCACCUCGCACGCCCGGAAGGGCAGAGCCACCCAGAGUACUACGGGGCUCCCAACGAGGAGCUGGACGCGGACUUUUCCGAAGGCACCAAGAUGUCCCUCGAGACCGGCGAGCCGCCAAAACUGUACGGCGUCAACUUCCAGCCGCCGGCACCGUUCGACUUCGCGAACCCGCCAACGUGGGCGACAUGGCUCAGCCGCUACGAAGACUACGCAGUGGUUUCAGGACUGACGAAAGCGUCGGAAGACACGCAGGUACGCUCGCUACUGUACUGCAUGGGCCCGGAGGCCCGCCCGCUUCUCGAGACGUUCUCGCUCGACGCCCAGUCGCUUGCUUCAUACCAAGCCGUUGCCACCCGCUUCACUGAGCACUUCGUGCACCCGGCAAACGAGCUUUACGAAUCGUCACGGCUCCACAGACGCGUUCAGCUGCCCGACGGAAGCGUCGACACGUACUACGCAGAACUGCGCAGGAUGGUCAAGCGCUGUAACUAUCCGUCUGCUGCUGUCGAGGAAAGGCUCGUACGCGACCGGUUCGUCGUCGGCCUCCGCGACUCCCGUCUCUCGGACCAGCUGUGCCGGAACGCGAAGUUGACACUACAGGACGCCUGGACACAAGCCCGUCAAUCCGAAGACGCCGACAGGGAAAAGGCGUUGCCCCAGAACCGCACCGAGCACUCAUAUCCAGCUUUAGUGGACACAAAAGCUGGAUACGCCCGCGAGCUCAACCUCGACGCCGCAAAAGUUAGCAAGUUCCCCUCUCGCCGCCGCUCCGCCGCUAAGCCUCGUUCGCCGCAGUCGCUAGCAGAGCGCUCACGCGAGCCGUCCACAUUUGAAUUCUGCGGCCGCGCGCCUCAUCGACGUUCAGACUGCCCGGCCCGUCGCUCCACCUGCAACUUCUGCAAAAAGAAAGGCCACUUUGCCGAAGUAUGCCGCUUGCGGAAGUUCAAGCAGUACAAGCUCAGCUCCGUUCACCUGCACGCCGUCGCGACGCCCGCCUCGGCAAAGUUCGUCGACGUCACCGUUGACGACUACACAGCGCAGUUCAAGGUCGACUCCGGAGCCGAAGUAUCUGCUGUUCCCAGCGACUUUCCUACCUUGCCUGCCACACUCGACCAAGUCGACACUCUGCUCACUGGCCCGGGAGGACAGCCACUGCGCGUGCUGGGCUCGUAUAUGGCACGACUUCAGUGGCAAGGGAAAACAAGCUGUCAGCGCCUCUACGUGAUCCAGUCUCUCACUGUGCCUCUUCUGGGACUGCCAGCGCUCCAAGCUCUCCAAGUAGUUCGGUUUCUUGAUCAACUCAAAACUUCGAAAGCGACGCUGCACGCCGAGCUCUUCAAUGGAUUAGGAACCCUCAAGGACGAAUACAACAUCCGGUUGAAACCCGAUGCCGUACCUUUCUCGCUAAGCGUACCUCGCAGGAUCCCCAUUCCGCUGCUCGAGAUUGUCCGCCGCGAGCUGGACAAAUUGGAAAGCGCAGGCAUGAUCCGUAGGGUCGACAAGCCAACACCAUGGUGCUCGGGUCUCGUCGUCGUCCGGAAAGGCGAUGGUUCCUACCGCCUCUGCGUCGACUUAACACAACUCAACAAGGUCGUCCUUCGUGAAAGACAUAUUCUGCCAACUGUCGAGCAAGUCCUUGGCCUCCUCGGCGAUGCAACAGUUUUUUCGAAGCUGGACGCGACCGCAAGCUUCCACCAGGUGAAGCUUGCUGAAGACUCCCAAGAGCUUACGACAUUUAUCACCCCAUAUGGCCGAUACUGCUUCUGCCGGCUCCCCUUUGGCAUCACCUCCGCACCCGAGUACUUCCAAAAGCACAUGGCAAGAAUCCUGGAGGGCCAAGAAGGAGUCGCCAAUAUGAUAGACGAUAUUUUGGUUUUUGGACGCACCCGCCAGGAACAUGACGUCAGACUGAGCCAGGUGCUAUCUCGCCUUGCAAAAGCAGGUAUCACAUCGAACCAGGACAAGUGUCGUUUUGGGGUACCCGAGGUCUCCUUCCUCGGAGUUGUCGUCUCGGCACAGGGCAUCAGGCCAGAUCCCGGCAAGGUCGAAGCAGUCAAAGCCAUGGAAGCCCCAACGGACGUCGCUGGCGUUAGAAGACUGCUCGGAAUGGUGAACCAUCUUGCCAGGUUCUUGCCACACAUCUCGGACGUCACGGCUCCCAUCAGAGCCUUACUGAACAAGUCUGCGAGUUGGGUGUGGCAGCACGAGCAAAAGGCAACGUUCUUGAAAAUCAAGGAACUCUUGACGUCAGACAGGUGCAUGGCCAAGUACCACCCGUCGUACGCCACUAUGGUGUCUGCAGACGCAAGCUCAUUCGGACUCGGCGCAGUUUUGCUACAGACGCAACCCUCAGGAGAGCGCCGCCCAGUCGCAUUCGCUUCGAGGUCGAUGACCGAUACCGAGCAGCGUUACAGCCAGACUGAAAAAGAAGCUUUGGCAACGACGUGGGCUAUCCAAAGGUUCGACGAGUUCUUCCGUGGCAUCCCCUUCGACGUCGAGACUGACCACCUGCCACUCGUUUCGCUUCAGGGCAAGAUGGAACUGGACGUGUUGCCGCCUCGUAUUCAGAGACUACGGCUGAAGACCAUGCAAUACCAGUUCCGUAUGCUGCACGUGCCAGGAAAGCUGCUGGCCACAGCUGAUACGUUGUCGCGCAUCACCUACAAGCCACCCACUCCUCUAGACACUAUCGAACUUUUUGCAGCACAGGUAGUCGGCUGCACGUCGGAAGUCUUGCCACUCAGCCCUAAAGACGUGCGACAGGCACAAGAGUCCGAUGGCGAGUGCAAAGCCCUCGCUUCCUACUGCCAGAAUGGUUGGCCUAAAAAGACCACGAUAACACUCCACCUUACAAAGUACGCCUCGGUGGCAGACGAGCUCUCUGUCUGCGACGUUGUUCUGUUGAAGGGCGCCCGGUUAGUCAUCCCAUCGUCCCUUCGGCCAGCGGUCUUGACGCUGUUGCAUGAAGGUCAUCAGGGCAUCAACAGGACCAAAGCCCUAGCUCGGGAGUCAGUUUGGUGGCCCGGUAUCUCGACAGACGUCGCCUCUCUCGUUGCCAACUGUGAACAGUGCGCUUCCACCCGCGUGAACUUUGCCGAGCCCCUGCUCUCCACAGCCCUACCUGGACAUCCCUGGGAAUUCCUUGGAAUAGACUUGUUCCAGCUCAAGGGCCAGACGUUCAUCCUGGUGGUGGACUAUUACUCAAGGUUCCCUGAGGUGGUGACCCUGAGGAGCACGACAGCUCAGGCAGUCAUUGACGCUCUCAAAUCCAUCUUUGCCCGCCAUGGAAUCCCGCAAGAAGUCAGGUCCGACAACGGCCCCCCGUUCUCGUCGCAAGAGUUCGCGGCGUUUGCAGCGUCAUACGGCUUUAACCACAGGACCAGCAGUCCACACUACGCUCAAUCGAACGGAGAGGCGGAGAGGAUGGUGCGGACUAUCAAGGACCUGUUUCGCAAGUCAAAGGAUCCUUAUCUGGCUCUGCUCAGCUAUAGGGACACUCCAGGAGUCAACGGCUUUAGUCCAGCCCAGCUGUUGAUGGGACGUCAACUGAGAACCAGAGUCCCAAAGCAAGGCUCCCAGCUAUGUCCCAACUGGCCUCCAAUGAAAGAAGUCGUCGCCAAGGAUGCGUCUUACAAGCAAAAGCAGGCCGACAAUUACAACAGGCAUCAUGGAGCUCGAGACUUCCCGCCACUCCAAACAGGUCAGCGCGUCUGGGUGCGACCCGAUCAAGUGCAGGCUACGGUCCUCAGUCCGGGGCAAAGACCAAGAAGCUACGUGGUCGAAACGGAGCGAGGUGGCACCCUACAGCGCAACCGGCGUCACCUAGUGCCUUUUGGGACUACUGCCUCCGGAGAGCAACCACCACCACUGCAGCAAGUUCGCUGUCAGGAGCCUCGGCCUGCCAACAUCGUGGAAUCAACGGUCCCCCUCGGACAGUCCGUGCAACAGUCCCCUGCAGCCAGGGACCGCAGUGACGGUGUGACUCGAACACGUUACGGCCGGCCUAUCGUUCCGCCACGCCGUUUGAACUUGUGA